CAGAUGCUGUUCAAGUGGGAACACUGGCAGUGCGACCUGCUCCAGGAUCGCAAGAACCUUCUUAAGAAAGUGUACCCCGAGACGGCCUUCGUGUACGCCUUAACGGCGGCCGGCGUGGUGCACAGCGUGGCCCAGGGUUGCAGGACGGGCCGGCUCAGCCAUCGCUGCUCGUGCGGCGAGUCCGGCCGCGAGGAGCCGGAGGCCUCUCCGGGUCUGCAGCAGGGCUGGAAGUGGGGCGGCUGCGGGGACAACUACCCGUUCGCCGCCAAGUUCGUGCGGCGGCUGCUGUCGCGAGAGUCCGGCAAGAGGCCCCGCACCCUGCGGAAACCCGUCGACACGCACAACAUCAUCGUGGGAAUCAGGACGUUGAGGCGCGGCAUCCGGCCCGUCUGCAAGUGCCACGGCGUGUCCGGUUCGUGCUCGCUCAAGACCUGCUGGCGGGAGCUGGCGCCCUUUCCCGAGGUGGCUCGACGGCUGAAGCGCAAGUACAUCCGCGCCGUGCCGGCCGAGAUCGAGAACAAGCCGGAGUUCGCCGCCACGGACGUCGUGGCCAAGCCGCGCAAGGUGCCGGCCGCCACGGCGGGCACCACGCAGAGGCCCAAGUGGCUGGCCGCGGUCACGGCUCGGCUGCGGAGGCUGGGCAGGGACCGGCUCGUCUACCUGGAGAAGUCGCCGUCCUUCUGCGAGCCGAACCCGCUGACCGGCAGCGGCAUGACGGGCCGCCGCUGCCGCGACCCGGACCACUGUAACAAGGUGUGCUGCGGCAGCGAACACCGCAGCUUCAACGAGGUCGUCUACGAGACCUGCCAGUGCCGCAUGGUGUGGUGCUGCAAGCUGGAGUGCAAGACUUGCGAGAACGUCACCACGGCGUACGCCUGCUUGUGAAACGCGUCGUGCGGGUUCCCCGUUUGUGUGUGUGUCAAUUAGUCGGAGACGCGCUUGCGUCAAAAUGGUCCGAGUUGCCGGACGAUGCGCCAGAAACGUGAUUAAUCCGAGUGUUGGAAGCUAUUGGAAUCUUGUUGGAUGCGGCAGAUGUUGGCACUAUAUUCGCAUACGUCGGAUAGGAUGGUUUUCACGCAGGUGUGUCUCGCGUUUCGGCCGAGCGCUCGAUAAGUGGCGAGGUCGUUCUCUUAUAUGCUGCAAUUCCGCAGCGAAACUUAGUGGGUUGCACUCACUGAAGCUUUUGAAAUGCGCUUCUUUAUUUCUAUUUUUAUUUUUAGAGCAGAGCGCGAGUAUGAUUGACCAUCGUGAAUCACAACACAGAACUUGUCACCGCGCAGUAAUUAAUCUGUAACGCGAU